CUUUUUUAAUCGACGAUCCAUCUCAACACUUCUCAUCUUCCCUCGAGUUCUAAUUCCAGAGUCCAUUCGACAGAGUCAUCGCCGUCGUCGACGGUGGUUUAGUUUCUGUCUGUGUCCCUAAUGGCUAGCGAUUCCGUCAAAGCUCAACAGAAUGAGCACACGAUCAAGGUCUGGGAGGCCAACAAGGACCGACUGGAAUCCAUGCACCGGCGAAUCUCCGAACCCCCGAAGCUGUUGAGUAGAGCCGCCGGGAAGACCGGUUGCUGCAUCUUCCGGGUCCCGAAGAGCCUGGCCGAUAUCAACGGCCGGGCGUACGAGCCCCGCAUCGUCUCGAUCGGUCCGUACCAUCGUGGCGAGCCGCACCUCCGGAUGAUCGAGGAGCACAAGUGGCGGUACCUCGGGAUGGUGCUGGAGCGCACCCGCCCCAUGGGCCUCGGUCUCGAGGACUACAUGCGGACCGUGGCGCCCCUGGUCGGGAGCUCCCGCGAGUGCUACUCCGAGGCCAUACCCCUGGACGACGACGAGUUCAUCGAGAUGAUGGUGGUCGACGCAUUCUUCAUGAUUGAGCUGUUCCGCAAGGUCAGCCGGCUUGUCCCACACGAGCGGGACGAUCCGCUCUUCAGGGUGGCCUGGAUUCUGCCCUUCUUCUAUCAGGACUUCCUCAGGCUCGAGAACCAGAUCCCCUACUUCGUGCUUGAGCGAUUGUUCGAGAUGUCGAUGGUGUCCCCUGAGGAAUCGAAAAGGUCGCUGGCCGAGCUCGCGCUCGAGUUCUUCAAUAACAUCAUGCAGAGGCCCGACGGCGUGAUUGCCGCGUGCAGCGAUCUUAAGGGGACACACCUGCUGGACCUGGUCCGGUCAAGCUUCAUCCCAAGAGACCGGCCUGAGCUGGAGGAGCCGCCGAGGGGAACAAGGGCCUUCACCCAUUUGAUCCAGAGCGUGCCAGAGCUCAUCCGUGCCGGGUUCAAGCUGCGGCGUAUCGGGGAGGAGGGCGAGAGCUUCCUGGUGGUGAGGUUCAGGGACGGGGUUCUGGAGAUGCCGACAAUCAUGAUCGACGACUUCACGAGCCCGUUCCUUCUCAACUGUGUGGCUUACGAGCAGUGCCACGACAGCUCGUCCAACCACAUCACCGCCUACGCCACCCUCCUCGACUGCCUCGUCAACACGGACAGGGACGUCGAGUACCUCUGCUACCAGCGCAUCAUGGAGAACUACUUCGGGACCAAUGGCGAGGUCGCACGGUUCAUCAAUAACCUCGGCAAGGACGUGGCCUUCGACAUCGACCGGUGCUACCUGUCCGGGGUCUUCAACAGCGUGCACGAAUACUACAGCAACAGCUGGCGCGUGCAGUGGGCGUUCUUCAAGUCAUGGCUGUUCCUCUCGUCCCUCGGCGCGUCCGUCCUGUUGCUGCUGACGAUGGCGCAGACCUUCUUUACCGUCUACGGUUAUUUCCGUCCCCCUAAGUGAUGGAGCUGGGGCCAGAGUUUUGAUUGAAUUGCACGGUUUUGUUUUUUGAACAGGAAUCAUGGUUGCUUGCGGAGAGGAGACAUUCUUUUUCGGAUAAUUAUCCGCAAAUUCACUGUCCUCUCACUUCAUAAUAUCCACAUUUUGUAUCUCUCAGUCUUAAACGACCUAUUUACCCUUGUACGUGCCUGACAUCUAUAACCCAAAAGUGAAAUUUAAUGCCGAG